AUGAGAAACAGGACAAAAGUUACUGAAUUUAUCUUAUUGGGCCUGUCCAGCUGGCCAGCAAUGCAACCAGUUAUUUUUGGAAUUGUUCUUGCCAUGUACCUGGUGGCAUUUAUUGGGAAUGCCCUAUUAAUAAUUGUUGCUCACUCAGACAUCAAGCUUCAGACACCUAUGUAUUUCCUUCUAAGUCAGCUUUCCUUCAUUGACAUCUUUCUGACAACAAUUACUGUGCCUCAGAUGCUCGUGCACACACUCUCCAUCGAUAGAACUAUCUCCUAUAACCGCUGCAUGGUUCAAUUGUUUUUCUUCAUGACUGUGGGCAGCAUGGAAGGCCACUUGCUGGCUGCCAUGGCCUAUGACCGCUAUGUUGCCAUUUGUGACCCUUUAAGAUACUCUUCCAUUGUUAGCCGCCUCCUUUGUCUGCGCAUAACCUUGACUUCAUGGGUAGUUGUCACCCUCAACAGUCUCCUUUACAGUGUGCUGGUCACGCGCUUAACUUUCUGCGACAACCAGGUCACCCACUUCUUCUGUGAUAUCACGCCCCUGCUGCAGCUCUCCUGCACCCGGCCAAUAGUCAAUGAGAUGCUAAUCUUCACGGAGGGUGUGGCAGUGGUGCUCAGUCCCUUUUUCUUCAUCUUGGCUUCCUAUGCUCGCAUUGGUAUUGCUAUCGCCCGCCUGCACUCUGUCGCUGCGCUGCGCAAAGCCUUGUCAACCUGCAGCUCUCAUAUUCUGGUUGUGCUCCUCCUGUAUGGAUCUGUGAUCCGCAUGUACCUCCGACCAUCCUCUAGCUAUGAUCUGAACCAGGACCGCCAGGUUGCCAUUUUCUACACAGUAGUGACCCCUAUGUUAAAUCCACUAAUCUACAGCCUGAGGAACCAGGAGGUUAAGGGUGCUAUGAAGAGGAUGGGCAAGAAACUCUGCAACUCAAGAAAGUUCCGACCAGGAUCACAGUUAAAUGGGAAAUGGCAACAAAUCACCUGA